AUGCUCUACGAGAUCCGCCAGGGCGCCUGCGACCAGUCCUUUGGCAUCCACGUCGCAGAGAGCGCCGCGUUCCCGCCCUCCGUCGUCGCAGCCGCGCGCCGCAAGCUCGAGGAGCUCGAGGGCGCAGCCGCCGCAGGCGGCGGCGGUGGCGGCGGCGGCGGCGCCAAGCGCAAGCGGGAGUCCGAUGAGGCAGCAGAGGCGGGGGCGGAUGGGCAGGCGGAGGAUAUGGAUACGGACGCGGCGCCCAGCGGCGGCGACCAGGGGGCGCUCAAGGCGGCGGCGGCGGCGGCGGCGCGGCGCUUCCUGUCGGACUUUGCUGCGCUGCCGCCCGAGAAGCUGCGCGGCGCGGGCGGCGCGGCGGCGGCGGCGGAGCUGGUGGCGGGGCUGGAGGCGGGGGCGAGGGGCAACGCGCUGCUGAGGAGCGUCCUGGAGGGCGCGUGA